CCCUUUAGAGUUAAAAGCAAUGAGCAUUGUGCUGAUUUGCUUUUCUCAAUGAAGGCCCCUAAGUCUGGAAAGAAAGUUGCCGCCGCCCCCUUCCNNCCCCAGGGCAAGGCCGGUGUCUCCAAGAAGAAUGCCAAGAACCCUCUCAUCGAGAGACGUCCCCGCAACUUCGGUAUCGGUCAGGACAUCCAGCCCCGUCGCAACCUCUCGCGCAUGGUGCGCUGGCCCGAGUAUGUCCGCCUUCAGCGUCAGCGCAAGAUCCUCAACAUGCGCCUGAAGGUCCCCCCGGCCAUUGCCCAGUUCUCCCAGGUUCUGGACCGCAACACCGCCGCCCAGGCUUUCAAGCUCCUCAACAAGUACCGCCCUGAGACCAAGGCCGAGAAGAAGGAGCGCCUGACCAAGGAGGCCACCGCCGUCUCUGAGGGCAAGAAGAAGGAGGAUGUCUCCAAGAAGCCCUACACCGUCAAGUACGGUCUCAACCACGUUGUUGGCCUCAUUGAGAACAAGAAGGCUUCUCUUGUCCUCAUCCCCAACGAUGUCGACCCCAUCGAGCUCGUUGUCUUCCUCCCCGCUCUUUGCAAGAAGAUGGGUGUCCCAUACGCCAUUGUGAAGGGCAAGGCCCGUCUCGGAACGGUCGUCCACAAGAAGGUGAGCAUUCAUUUCAGACCACACCUUUUUGUGCGUUAUACUAAUGUAUCUCUCAGANCCGCUGCCGUCCUCGCCUUCACCGAGGUCCGCUCCGAGGACAACUCUGAGCUCUCCAAGCUCGUCUCCGCUGUCAAGGACGGCUACAUGGCCAAGACCGAGGAGUCCAAGCGCCACUGGGGUGGUGGUAUCAUGGGUGCCAAGGCUGUUGCUAAGCAGCAGAAGNAGCAGAAGGCCCUUGACAACGCCAUCAAGAUCUAA